AUGACGAUUAAGGAGAAUCGUAUUAACAUCUUUUUGCAAGGAGUGGGAACCUAUCCAMAAUUACCAUUAUUACAAAAUCGCUAUCCAAAAUUAMCAUUAUUACAAAAUCGCUAUCCAAAAUUAMCAUUAUUACAAAAUCGCUAUCCACAAUUAUCAUUAUUACAAAAUCGAUAUAGAAAAGUAGGAAGACUUUUAAGUCUUCUUCCAGGACCACAUGAAUAUCCGAUAAUUGGAAAUAUAUAUCAUUUUCAAGUUGACAAUGAGCAUUUACUUGAAACAGCAUGGAAACUAAAUAAUAAAUAUUAUCCAAUUUACAAAGUAUGGACUUUCCUUUUAUCAGGAGUAGUAUUACUUGAUCCAAAAGAUAUUGAGGUAUUAUUGAAGAGCAAUGUACAUAUUAAAAAAGGACCUAUUUACAAAUAUCUCAUGCCUUGGUUUUCUACUGGAUUAUUAACUAGUCAGAAAUGGCACACGCGUCGAAAAAUGUUAACACCUGCAUUUCACUUCAAUAUUCUUAAUCAUUAUUUUCACAUUUUAAAUGAGGAAUCACAAUGUUUAGUGGAAUCCCUUAAAAAUGAAGGGAAUGGAAAAUCUGUUGUAAAAGAUUUACAAACAUUUAUUAGCAAAUAUACUCUCAACGCCAUAUGUCGAGCAGCUUUAGGUAUUCAAUUGAAAGAAAAGGGCAAACUGGAAUCUAAAUAUCGUAAUGCCGUUCAUACUUAUGGCAGAAUUGUGGCGUAUAGACUUCCAAGACCUUGGUACAUUUCCGAUACUAUAUUUGCAUUUUCAUCACAUGGUAGACUACAAAAAAAAGUGUUAAAAACAUUGCACAGUUUUUCAAAAAACAUAAUUGAAGAAAGAAAACGUUUCCACGAACAAACAAACGGGAAAUAUCUACAAAUCUUUGAGAAUUUUCACGAGGACGACGUUUUUAAUAAAGAUUUGGAACCCCAGAAAAGACUUUCUAUGCUAGACCUUCUUAUAGCAGAAUCUUGGAAAGAUAAUCGUAUAGAUGAGGAAGGAAUUCGUGAAGAAGUUGAUACUUUCAUGUUUGAAGGUCACGAUACUACAGCAAGUGCAUUGUGCUUUGCUUUGAGUCUUUUUGCUAAACACAAAGACGUCCAGGAAAAAAUAAGACACGAAAUUAACACAUUUACGCAAGAAGGUUAUAAGUUUACGAUGUCGUCUAUUCAAAAGCUUACUUAUUUGGAAAGAUGUAUAAAAGAAUCUCUUCGUUUGUAUCCAAGCGUUCAUAUAAUAUUUCGGCAAAUUUCUCAUGAUAUGCAACUGAAACAUUAUUUAAUUCCAUCUGGUACUAUCUGUGAGGUGAACAUUUAUAGCGUGCACAGAAAUCCAGAAUAUUGGCCAAAUCCAAAUGUUUUCGAUCCGGACAGAUUUUUACCGGAAAAUAUUAAAGGACGUCAUCCUUACUCCUACAUACCAUUUAGUGCCGGACCGAGAAACUGUAUUGGUCAAAAAUUUGCAAUGUUUGAGCUUAAACUUAUAGUAGCUUCUACACUGUACAAUUUUGAAUUGGAACCAGUGGAUGAACUAGAUGACGUUACAUUUUCAGCAGAUAUUACUCUGAAUUCGCUUAAACCACUUCGAGUCAAAUUUAUACCUAUUAGAUAG